CUCCACUGAACGCCCAUCACGUUGCGCACAUGGAUCGGGUCGAGGUGACCACGCCACACCCAGCAGACCGAGGCAGAGUGCCUGUACUGGAGGAACGACUUGUGUAACAGCUGUAUCAGUCAAUGGCACCGACGGCAACCAGUUGCGCCAGCAGCUCCGUGCCUUGUUGAAAUGUCCAGUACGCAGAGGAGGCGGCGCAUGCAGCGGCCUCUCAGCGCCACAGCGGCCGAGAAAUAGUUGAAGACAUUCGGAUGUAGUUCGUGAGGAAAAACUCUGUUUGUGUGCGUAUGUUUUGGCCGAAGCUGUAGCCACUUUUUGGAGGAAUGAGAGGCGUUUAUUCGGCUCUGAAGAUGGGAUUGUUUUUGCACGCUGUCGGCUCUGUCACCCCUACCGAGUCCGCAGCAGACAGGGUAAGACUCUCCCAGGCAGGGCUGUUAGCGAGCUAGUCUCCCUGCUAAGUUUGCAAACUUUCCACAUAGAGACCUCUUGGCUCUCUAAACACUCAAACCAGCCAUUACAGAUUAGUUUAUCGACUGUUGUUAGUUAUUACCCUGCUGUAACUUGAAGUACGCUGUGAAGUGAAUGUUAGCAUGCUGAAUAAGUUUGUGUGUUAGCUGCGAGAGCUAACGUUGCUAGCAUCGUUGAGACGAAGGGACGCUCGUGAGUCAGGGCCUGGCGCUGUUGUGUUUAUGGUGAAGAGCUGACAUUUUAUCCACAAGUCAGUUGCAUAAACAUCGAAAGUAGUUCUUCAGGUACGGCCGAACCGGUAGACUCAUAACCAGGGUUUCUGUUUGUAUGUUUGUGCGUUUUGUAGUAGUCUGUCCAAGUAAGGCAGAAAAAGCCAUUAGGAGUGAAUAAACCUUUUAUUACACCUCAUUUUCACUCAUAUAUUAUCAGCAACUUCUUAAAAUUAUGAGCCCAUCUCGCAUUUCAUAUUGAUAAAUUUGUUUAAAACUGCAUAUCUAAUUAUAACCUGUGCUAUGAGUGUUAUCAGAAUACAAGUACAAUGAUAGGUCUGUCUUGUUUUUCUUUUCCUUUCUAUUUCUUCUCAACUCACCCUCACAGAUAACUGUGGAGCUGUAAAUAUGACUCUUUUAGUAGUUAUAUGGGUUUCUUUGGGGUCAUUCUGAUUUUUUUUAAAAUCUUAAUUGACUUCUUUAAGACAGCUUUGAGUGAUUGAUCAAUCCCUGGGAAAGUUAGCAGAUAAAAAGAAAUGUUCUUUAAUAUCUUGAUAUCUCUGACCCUUUUUUGACCAUCAUGCUGUAGUUGUACCACAACACAUUGUAUUUAACAUGACCACACCAGCUGUUUGAGAUGGUAGGUUGAUGAAAUAGGGUGCAAUGUUGUCACCCUAACCUGCUUAAUGCUAAGUCACUAAAAACAAUCUGCGUUUGGAUUUCUUGACUUCCUUGAAUGCAUCAGAGUAAGUGUAACUUCAGUGUCAGUGUAACUUCAUAUUCACACUGAAACUGAGACUCACUAAAAAACAUACAAACUUCAGAUAACACUGUGGAGUUGUAAAUAUGACUCUUUUAGUAGUCAUAUGGGUUUCUUUGGGAUCAUUAUGAUUUGUUAAAAUCUUAAUUGACCUCACUACCCUAGGUAAAGGUAUAUAAAACAUAAGCCAGAGAUUUCCUUAGGACAGCUUUGAGUGACUGAUCGGUCUCUGUGAAAGUUAGAAGAUAAAAAGAAAUGUUCUUUAAUAUCUUGAUACCUCUGACCCUUUUGUGACUAUCAUGUUGUGGUUGUACAUGACCACACCAGCUAUUUGAGUUGGUAGGUUGAUGUAAUAGGAUGCAAUGUAGUCAGUAUGUGGUACUUUUCCUUGUUGACAUUCAGGUUGAUCAUAGUGCAGGUUACAUUGAAAUGAAGUUCCUUUCAAUCAGAUUGCUGGUUGGUGAAAGGUUUUGAGGCAUACAUAAUAUGCCAACAUUGUUAGGAGAUCAGGUAUAAGAUGCUUUUUAUGUGCUAAUGAUGCGUGAUCAUUCAUUACAGAAAUGAUCUAUCAUUAUUGUUGACAGCAGGGAUUGAUGUGGUUUAAAUAUUGGACUGUGGAGUAUUGUACUGCCACUUGAGCUGCACAAUAAAUCACUAAUUUAUUAUUAUGGCAGUGGAAAGACUCACCAUACAUAAAUCCCACAAGUCUGACUUUAUUGAGGAUGAUACAGAGGUGACAACAACAGAACCUUUUGAACUUAUUUUGCAAACAGAAGCAUUGUGUAAAAACUUUUAAAAAACAGCAGGAAGACUGUUAGUAAGCUAAUAAGAUUGUUGCUGUUUCACCACACUUUACAUUGAUUGGCAAUAUUAAACAGUAUCACUGCGCGUCACAUAUUUUUUCCUGCCUUUCCUGCCGGUUGUCAGAGUUGCAAGUAGAGGAUUCUUAAAACUCAGUUACUAUAGAAUAAGAGGUGAUUGACAAUUUCCGUACACAGAAGCAAACCAUAUUUGGUAUGAUAACAGUUGCUGUGUUUUUCCUGUUGCGGUAUAAACCACAUCACGGUAGCAAAUUUUUUAUUAUACAGUGCACUACUGUGAGAAAGCAGAAUCAGUCCCAGUUAUCUUGGAGGACUUUCAUGCAAGAUACCACCUGCUUUUACCUGGUUUAAUCAGUUGGAACUAUGUACUACUAAUACUAAUGAAGGUUCAUGGAAGUGCUGAAAGUCUAAGACCCAUUACUGACCAAGAGUCCAGUUUAGAUAAACAAACACGGGUCACAAACUAACAGAUUAAAGUGGGCUUUGACUUUAUUUUCGAGAGAAGAAGAGUCCAGUUCCUGUUAUCAUGUGGCAUCCCAUGUGUUUCUUUUCUCUUGCUUUUGUUGUUAUCUUUGCACUCCUGUAUAAUCCAUAGGGUUACAGAACUUCUCAUAUUCACACGCCCCUGAGGGAGAGCUUAACGGGGUAAAAUAAUGUUUGGAGACACAAGUUUGUUUUUUUGUUAGUGCUUGUAAAGCUGGUCAUAUUCAGAUACAACAGUCGCUCUACAUGGCCCUGAGCAGUAUCUGCUAUCUGCAUUCAUCCCUCCAAAACUUCAUAAAGUCAGCUGUUUUUUAUCUGUUUUAUGGCUACCAGUGAUCCCAUGUUAGUGUCAGACAUUAUGAUUAACAUUUCUCAUUAACUCUCAUCAGCAGUUCGCAGCAUAAAUUUUCCACUCCAUUAUAUUUUCUAAUAUUUGGACGCUGUGAUUUAUUCAGGGGGCUGUUGUCCCAAAUACUUAUUAAUGUAUUAGUUUUUUCAUACAGCUGUUAGAAAGAGAGGCACAGUUGUUGUUUUACUGUUUACUCAGACUGUAAACAUAUUAAGAGUUAACCACUUUAGUUACAUAAUGUUGAAUAAAGAUGGCCCAUAAGUAAUGAUCUUGGUCCUUCAACAACACAAACCUUAAACACUGUAUUUCUGAUGCAUCUGCAAAAGGAACAGCGGUGGUUCUUGGUUUCGCCAGACUUUCAUGAGAUUGUUUAGCCCAAAUAUAAGGCCGUUUUUAGAGGGAAACUAAGUGAACUAAUAGAGCAGCAUUUGUGUUUGGAUAAAAUCGAUUUUUGUUUUGUGAAUUUUGUGACUGUAUUUCCAUGCUAAAAGACAUUCAGGAUUUUUUUUAAAGGUUCACAUUUCAGAUACACUUUUGUUAUUCAAAAGAUGUUACAAUUAUCUUUUCAUUUCACUACAAUUUUUAACUUUGACUGGAUUAAAAAAAUCAAGAUAACAGGAACAUUUAAUCUUAACUUUGGCAUAAUCAUCACCUAUAGACAACUUGAUGUGUGCUGUGUUGAGGAGUUUGUGAAGUUGAAUUAUUAACAAAUGUUCAGGAAACCCCUCAACAUAUUUGAGUUGGAUAUUAAAUGCUUUGUGAUUGUUAUUUUUGUCCCUCUUCCUCCGCUCUAGUCUGCUAGAAAGAGGUCACUUAUGCAUUAGUAUGUGAUGAUUGUAAGUUUUACUGAACCUGUGAAAGGUACUGUCUACUGUGUUGAGGAUCUACAAAUAGAUGCAGCUGCAAAUGUGAGCAAAGCAGAGAUUCAACAUCCAACUUGUGCGUCACUGAAUUCACAUCAAACCAGCAUCUUUUGUAAAAGUGUGAGUUUAGCUGUCUUUAUAAACAUAACUCCUUAAGAGGUUGAUUUUUUUCCCCACUGAACAGAGUGAUGCUGUACCAGGGUUUUGGUGCAGAGAUGUAUCUGUUUUUUUUUUUUUUUUUUUUUUUUAAGCAACACCUUUUAGAAAGACACACAAAUUGCACAACUCCAGCUUGCAAAAUUGUGAUUGAUAUUUCCUUAUCAUCACAGGUAUGGAGAAAGACCUGUUAUUGACCCCAAACUACGAUUGCGCAGACUGACAUCAGCAACUACCAGCUGCAGAUAACUUCAGAUAUAGCAGUCUGAGAAGGUUCAUAAUUGACUUGAGAUGUGCACCUCAGUAAAUGAGGGAUUAACAAGAGGGACAUCAUUGUAAAAAUGCUUACUUCUGUCAGACAUAGAUCAUGCAGAACAAACAAUCUUAAAGGAGACGUAUGCUCCCCCUUCCUGCAGAAGCGCUCCCCAGUUCCCACACACACUAGUGUAAACAAACAUGGCGUUUGCGAAAGAAGGUGAUAAUUUAUGGCUAAAUAGGGCAAGAGCAAGUCAAUUGUGUGGAACUGGUACGGCUUUGCAGUUUCACAUGAAGACCAAACUACUCCCUGCUGCAAAGUCUGUCUGGGGACGGUAUCAACCUGUCGCACAGAAACUAAUUCAUGAGUAAACGCAAACGUUUUUUGUCGUAUCGGCAUUUCAUCCACACGGAAACGGUGUAAAGGUGACUGUUAACAGUACUUUUUAGAAAUGGGUCAGAGAGUGCAUAAAUCUGUAAACGACUACCAUUUCAUCUCCGUGUGGAUGUAUAUCUGCAUCUCUCAAAACGAUUAUGAGACACACAGUGUAACUGUUUUAUGGCGCCUGCGCAUGUCCGGCCAAAACAACCUUUAUAUGCAUGCUCUGUGCUCUUCUUCUGUCUUUUGUUCAUUUCUUCGGCAGUGUUACAGAGCCAUGUACUUGCUUGGCAUAUGCACUACAUCAUUUUCAGUGGUUUCCUUUUGAGAGAUGAUAGAAAAACUUAUUAGUGAUUUGUCUCAGGAUUUCACAAUGCUAAUAAACCAUUUUAUGUAUUGGUCUCUACUAGGACUUGGUGGUUAUAUGAUCGUGAUGAAUUUAAGUUCGAUCACGGUGAUCAGCUGUGAGCUUAUUUACUCGAUCAAACAUGGCAGAAAUGUGCGUCACAACAGCCAAUCGGAGUCGAGCUUUUCCUGCUCAUUUCUGUAAGUUGCCAGAGAAGUAAACAGGAGAAGUAAACAGAAUGACCGAACGUGGAGCUAAACGCGGAGCUGAGGGCAGCAAAAUAGAUGUCAGCCAUUGAGUCAACCUCCGAAGAUGUUAUUGUUGAGAAGUUAUUAAGCAUUGGUUGUUUGGCGUUGGUUCAAAGUGACGUCGAGCAAUUAAGCCGAUGUACAAGGUAUGUCGGCGGUCGGUGCCUCAAAAACUGGCAACACAACAGAUCUGUUUAAUAAUUUAAAGAAGUACUUCCUGAGAGAUUAUGUGGAAAGCAUGAAAAUGCGAGUGGAAACUGCACAGCCUGUUACUGCUGACGGCACAAGUAGCAUUAGCAGUUUAGCCACAACUAGCGGUGCAGCUACCAGACCAAAGCAGCAAUCAAUGGUAUCAUCUCGUUUACAGUUUAAGGCAGCUUCAUUAUUCCUGAGGGGACGAUUUGUUUAUUUUGGGUCUUGCAUACCUGCAAAAACACUCAGAACUGUAAACUAAUUCAAUGUAUUAUUUAGUAUUUAUCUACAUUUGCUGUCCUGUUGAGUUAAAAUGUAUCUUUUUCAAUUAGCUUUGUUAUUUACUUUGUAUGUGGAUAAAAUGUUGAACUAAUCUCUAGUUUCUUUAGUUUUUAGUACAGAUGCUUUAAAACUGUCAGUUAAAAAAAAUAAUCAUGAUAAUAAUCGAGAUUGGACAAUAUGACAAAAUAUAUCGUGAUCAUUUUUUUUUGCCAAAUCGCCCAGGCCUAGUCUCUACAUGUUCAUCUGCUCUUUUAUUGAAAGUUUGGACAAAAACAAAUGUAAAAAAAACUCCUUUGUCUAAGGAAAACUUCAAAGCAUAACAUGUUUCAGUCCAUCAUCAGUUGACAGGAGUUUAUCAUAGAUGUUGAGUCAUAGACUUGAACUCUAACUUUGCAGCAGCAGCAGUUUUUCUUGAAACUUGACUGUUGUUGUUUCUCAGAGGCAGCCUGACUCUGCUUACCUCUUGUGCUGAAAAACAAACUAUAUGUUCCAACUUUUUUGAUAAAAUCAGACAGUGUCAGGUUGUUGAACUGACCUCAUUGGAAGACGCUCUUAAGGGGAAUGUUUGGUAUGACGGGUUGUUACAAAUGCGUCAGCAGUCUUUUGUUCUGCAUAACCUUGACGGCCUUGAAAGAGCACUUUCUCUUUCUUGCAGGACGUAAUGAUAAGGAAGGGGUCAGUAAGGUCUUAUUGUGCAUCAGCUUGCCAAGUCCUUUGGGUCUCUGCCAAGUGGAUCAGCUAUGACUGUGUUGCCAAAGUCUGAGCCACUUAUCUCCAUGUUCGAUUUUUGAAACGUUCCCAUUGUCUGCUCUUUUCAACAGCUUCUCAUUACUUGGGCUGAUUAAUAUCCAAUGUUGCAGUAGUUUCUAGGACAGUAACCAGAUCUGCUUUAAUCUAGUUGCACACUAUGAGACAGGAGGAUUGCUUUAGCGUUACCUUUUUGGAUGGAAGACAAGAAUCUAGUCGCUCCAGAUUCUUAGCUCAAUCACUGUCUGUUACACUGGCAGUUAAAAGUAACACUUAGAGGUAACCUGGUAUGAUCCACAUGUCUUUGGUAGCAGCCGCUUGAUUGACACCCUGUCUCUUAAAUGUGGCAGGGUGCGACACAAGUCCAUAAGAUGGCCCAUUUCCCCAAAUCCCAACUGUACUCAGCUGUCUUUAUGCAGCACAGGCUGAGGACCCAAACAAACUAGAGGCUAAUCGGUAUCCAGUUGCAAAAAAAAAGAGGUCAGCCCGCCAAGUGGAGAGCGUAUGGUGGCGAGAAGUAAGUAAGUCAGUCAGUUGCUGAAGUUAUCAGACAAAUUGUCGGGACAGAACAUAAUGUGUUAAUGUCAGAGAGUGAAAAUGCGCCUUUGUGUUCAGAGGCGAUUAAUUUAUCAUGUUUGAGGGCGUCAGCAGUCGGGUUUGUGCUGAUCUGGCCCCUCGUGUGGCGAAUCAUUCCUGUGUUACCGCUCUGUGUGUGUGUUUGUGUGUGUGUGUAUUUUUCUUGCCGUCUCAUCUCGACCUCGCACUCGCACUCAUCACACCUCUUACCACUCGCUACACCUUAUUAUCCCGCGGCAGCUCAGCUUGGAGCUCUCUGUCUGCCGCUGCUUGGAAAUUUCCGUAGAGCAAUCCUUGUCCACUGUUUGGGCCUGGAGUGGAGAGGAGUGGGGUGAGGGAGUGUGUGUGUGUAUGUAUGUGUGUGUGCGCUUAUGUGUGUCUGUGUAGGGAGGGUGGACAGAGAAAGAGGGAGAGAGGCAAGAAGUUGGUAAGAGAGAGGGUGAGAGUGUGUUACAGAGCUGCUUGACUUUUUCUUCCGUGGGAUUAUGAACCAUUAGUCGGAGGGAUCUGUCUGUGAUUUUUGAACUGUGGAUCAUCAUGCUUCAUCAUCUGGGACCUUCACUGGUAAUCCACAGGGAGGAAUAACACUUCUUAGAACCUUUUAACCCUUUAAUUGAGUUUAUUAGAACGUAAAACUCUUCUGAUGUCUUCUGGAGUCUUUUCAUAACAGUGUUUCCUCUUGGCUCUGUCCACCUAACCAGUUAAUCUUUUCAAAGCUUUGGUAAAGUUUCUCACUCAGGUUAACUUCUUGUCAGACAGCUUCUAAUUUAAAGUAUUGACAGUUAAAACACGCAGCCGUCUGGAGAGGAGACACAGGCGUUAUUGAUUUAAGAUUAACUGGAAUGUCGUGUCAAACAUUGUCUGAUGUUUGUCAAGUUCUGCUCAGGCCUUAGCUGAACUUUUCAGCUGAAACUGUUUAUUAGAUGAAGGGCGACACACUGAGUGGUUAUGUGCUGGCUUUGGUUCAAACAUUUUCACUUGAUAUGGGCCUUAAACACUGAUGAAAUUCUAGCAGCUAACCAGCACAAGUGGUUAGAACUUGUUUACUUCAGAUUCAAAGCUAAGUAUAAAUGUUGGCUACUAGAUAGUUGCAGUGCGAGCAUUUCUUUUUACAAAUAUAGACGUCAUCUUAAAUUUAAGAUGAGAAAGAUGUGUCCUCAAUCUGAGACUCCAACAUUCAUGAUGGAGGAGUUAACUGCUUUGUUUUGGGGGCGUGGUGCAUUUGCAAAAAAACAUUUUCAGAAUUUUUCAACUGAGCAAAUGAACAUAGCGUGGAAAUGAUUGGCACUGUAAUUGAUCAUGAAAAUUAUAAUUAGCUGCAACUUAUGUCGAGUGCACAACUACAUGAUAAGUUGUGUUUUGAGUAUUUACGGCCCUCAGUGUGUUAAACUACAUGCAUUUGCGUACAAAUCUUCCAUGUUCAUUAGAUUUUUUUUCAAACUUUAUGGCUGCCUUUGGCUAUAAAAGUAAUUUACGGUUUUACAAUGCUGCAUAUGUUCAUGUAGAAACAGGUUUAUGUUUGAUAGAGGAACACGGUCUGUGUCCCAGUAAACUGAAAUAGUGAAGCGUGAUAAACUCGCUCGGAUGAACUCCGUGAGUAACUGAAAAUUUUGACGUGACAGUGUAGGAAAACACUUCAUACUGUAAGCGAUGGAUGAGUUGCAUUUGGCUGCUUCAGUUUCAUGAUGCUGCUGUAAAUCUGGCUGGCUCACUGUCAUGCUGUAAUGGCAAAGCUAUCAUAUGUUUUAAGAUUUUGUUUUUAACUGGGUGACAGAUUCGAUGAAGCCCUGUCAAUGAAAUGAAAACAUGUGCGUACAGUUAAUAUGCGAUAUUGUUGCACGAGUAUAUUUUAUUUACAGCAGUGGAUUUGACUAAAAAUGAAAGCAUAUGGUGGAACUUGAACUAAACAUUGAAAGUGGCAAUAAGAACACUUCAGCUGAGACAACCAAAAGCGACAACAAGGGCUUGACACUAACUUUUUUCAUUAGCAGCACAUGUGCUCUUAAGUUGAAAAACUAAGGAGCAUGCAAAGAACUUUCGGGGAACAAUGAAAAUUGCUUUUACAUUAAACCCAGAAAUUAUUGGAGGACAAAUUAGGGAAAAAAGAGGUGUGUCUUAUUGUCAGACCUUAGUACUAUUAUUUAAAAUCAGUUUUAGGUCAAUUGGUUACAUGACAUGGAAGCUAUUGAAGGAAAACAGACUUUUUUGAGAACAUCAACCGCUUAUUUAUUGAUAGUCCCUUAUUCAACAUUCGAUGUUGACAGCGAGGGUGCUGAGUAGAUUUAACCGCGCUGCUGUUGCUAUUACCGGUUAUGGAGAGUGAGAAGACACCGAUAGAUCCGCAGUAAAUGUCUGUCGAAUAUCCGACCCAAAACUUAUUUCACUGCGGUAUUGACAUGAAAACACAUUUGUUGCCUCAGCUGAUUUUUUUUAUGGGCACAUGUGCAGGGCUUGACACUAACUUCUUUCACAACGAGCACAUGUGCUCCUAAGUAAAAAAAAAGUAAGGAGAACACAAAGAAGUUUGGGGCACAAUGAAAACUGAUCAAAUAAUGUGUGUCUUAUUGGUCGACAUAAGUACUAUUAUUUGAAAUCAAAUUUAGGUCAGUUGGUCACGUGACAUGGAAGCUAUUGAAGGAAAACAGCCUUUUUUGAGAACAUGAACCGGUUGUUUAUUGAUAGUCCCUUAUUCAACACCCGAUGUUGACAGCGAGGGUGCCGAGUAGAUUUAACCGCACUGCUGCUGCCAUUCCCGGUUAUAGAGAGUGAGAAGACAUCGGUAGAUCCGCAGUAAAUGUCUGUUGAAUAUCCAACCUAAAACUAACUUCACCAUGGUAUUUACAUGAGAACAUAUUUGUUGCCUCGGCUGAUUUUUUUUUUUUUAUGCCUACAUCUGCCUCUUUACAAUUCCCACACAUCUAUUUUUAGAUGCACUGUCGAGCCCUGACAACUGUCAAUCCGUACAUGUUCAUAAUUCAAAUUCAUCUUUUAGCUCUGUGACUGAUAAGAUCGGCAUGCCUCCUCAAAGUGAUUUGGGAUGGGACAAGCAGUGCUCCAAAGACACAAACAGCUCUUCUGUCCUGAGUUAGUGGUUAUAUUUUUGGUUGAGAGUAAGGCAGUGAAUGUAAUGUGCUGUGUCCAAAAUAAAAUCAGCUGUUUUCUCCUUAAUGUCACUCUAGGGAUCUUGGAUGCGCCUGUUGUAAGAACAGCUGACUCGGCCAGUUUUGAUUUAUGUUGUGUCAUGUGAACAGCCAGAAUCUGUCGUCCUUACAGCUAGAUUUCACGUUUGUAGAGAUAUUUUGCUCUUAACAGGGUUUCUGUAAACCAUGGAACAUUUCAGGAAGCUGUUUUCUUCCCCCAUUUUUCUUUGCUGUAAACACAUGUAAAUUGAACACCUCAGCUCAGAUACCUUUUUGUAAGUUGAGAUGACAGAAAAACAUUUGAGUGUUUAAGUGAGUCGGUUUCUCUCUUGCAGAGCCUACUGCACUGUGAAGGUGUAAACAACCAGACCUACAUCUGUGAGUCCGGACACUGCUGCGGAGAGUCCCAGUGCUGCAGCUACUACUAUGAACUUUGGUGUAAGUGAACUGCUGCCUGUUACACUUGUCCUCUCUCUAACACCUGACCAUCUAACAUACACCUUAAAUGGGACCUCUAGUUGGAAGAUAACAAACACAUAGAGCAUCUUAAAUGUGCUUACUUUUUCUACGCAUACUGGACAUUUUUUGUUGUUCAAAAUUUUUAAUGAGGAUCAAGAGUGGGAGCUUCAGUGUCUCACAGAAACAAAGAUGCCAUAGUUUAAGUGUGCGUGCACACGUUGAGAGGUGGUUUUAAAUUUUCUGUAGAGGCCUUUUCUCAUCAAACACAUCCUCAGUAUUAAACUGCUACUAACUUGGUGAACGUUGUUUAUUAGCGGCUUCAUUCUCCAGUUUUACAAGUGUUACAGACUCCUUCCAGACAUUUGGCCCACUCUCAGCAGAUAGCUGUGAAAAUAGCACUCACUCAUCCAUCAUUGUGCACAGUGAAACUCAAACAUCCGAGUGAACUAACAGCAAGUGAAGAAAAAUGAACUAGAGGGCAGUAAUUAUUUGGGAUGUCCUGAUACAAUUUUGAUAUCGGAUAUCGGUCCAAUAUCAACAAAAAUUUGAAAAUCGGGGUUGAUAUCGGCCUGCAUCUAAAAUCUCCGAUAUUAGCACUUCAAUACAAGCAGACCAUUCCAGACUCUGCUCCGGCACCUCUGUCUAACAGCACUCGAAUCCAGCAUGUAGAGCCCAUGUUAUCACAACAACAGUGUGUACCAAAGUACCAAGGAGUAGGAGUGAUGUCGGCCCUGUGCGAAAAGACGUUGCAGCUAAGUGCAAAACUUGUCGUGCAAAAGUUUGUGCUAAUAUCGGAUCAAUAUUUGUAUCGGACAAUACUGAAGACUACAAUGUCAGUAUUGCAUCGGAGGUAAAAAAGUUGUAUCGGGACAACCCUAGUAAUUAUGCUAUGUCAAGUUCUAUAAGUCAUCCCUAUGAUGUUAAAUAAGUUUAAGUGUGCUGUGUAGUAGAAACACGUUCUAAGUACACUAUCGAAUAUCUCAGUCUUCACAUAACAUGAGCUCACUCCUAAAGUUAUCUUAAGGGUCACAAAUAUAUUUUUAGACUCACUUAACUAGAAAAAGAAUCUUAUUCACAAUCACAAGCACUGAAUUCUUGUAUCAUUCACUUAUCGUUGUAUUUGUCACCCCAAGAAACAAGCUGUGUUUAUAGAGUUUACUAUUAAAGCCUCAAAUGUUUCUUUGAUGAGGCAGCAAUAAAGGCAUCCUUUGAGCAUGCACAGCCAGAAGGACUAACCAAUGGUGCUUCUGACCGGACCCUGCAACCAGUCAUUGACAAUGAACAAAGAGUAUUUACCAGUGAAGAAAGAUGAAAGAUGUUUUCAAACAAGCUUUUCAAUACUGGGAGAAAAGUGCAGUAAAUGUGCUGCAAAUGCUAAUGUGCAUUUCCAACAAAAACGUUGUACAGCUUGUUGUGCAUGGAAGGCUCUAGCCUUUAUUGAUCACAUUCACCACCAACAUAAAUCCAGAAAUGACACCCACUGUGAAUUCAUUAUGCGUUUACAAUAAUCACACUAGUUCUAGGAGCUUGUAAAAUUACCCAGUGUAAAUUUUCAACACGUGUGUACCUACUGCCGCCUGGCUAUCACAGGAUUAUUUAUGCAGGUGUUUAUGUUUUGGUAUGAAAAAAUGAUGUAGGGGCCAAUACAAAGAACAUCAAUGAAUCUCCCCAUCUUUUUCUUUUCUGAGAUACCUGCUCUGAAGGAAGGUUUGUGCUCAGUUGAAAUGUCAACUGUGUGUUAGAUUAUCUUAAAAGCUUGUCGGGUAAUUUCCAGUGGUGGGUUUGACCUUCUGUAUCAAAGUUUUUAAAAUAAUAUGUGGUUAUAGGCAGGAGAUCAAUGAUGGCCAUAAAUAUCAAAUUCAGGUUCAAGGUCAAAUGUAGGUUUGGUUAUUUGGUUCCCCUAAGAUAAGCAGCAUCCGGACUAAACCUUAUUCUAGCUAGUUACCACCUAAGGAAGUGUUGCAGUGGCGAUGCUUUCUCAUUGUUGGUUUAGAUACGACAAAGCUCUCUAAGAACAAAAAAGUGUGGUGACAAAAUGCUGCUGAGCUUAAAUAAAUCAGACUCAGUGUAAUAAUGUGAAGCCAUCCUAGCUGAUCAAUAAAGAACUGAAGCUAAUUCAAAUCUAAAGACUGUAAAACAGGAAACACAACACACACACACACACACACACACACACACACACACACUUUCAGGCUGUAUUAUAGAUUGUUUUUCCACAUCAGUCAUUGCUCAGAGCAGGACUGCUCAACUCUUAUUUCUUGAAGUUUCCAGACAUCGUGUGUCAACGUAAUUGUGUCACUUUUUUUCCAAACACAGUGAUGACAAACUGGGAUGUUUUAAUGUUUUUCCCUUCUGCCUGUUUCUACCCAGUCAUAGUCAGAGUUGUUCCACAAAAAAAGAAAUCACAAUACCACAUGAAGAAAACACGGUGUUCUUACAUUGUGCUGUGGGGUUUGUAUCAUAAACCUUCACAUACUUCUGAUUGUGUCCUGCUGGUCUUGUCUGUGUUUAUAAAUCUUCUCCUAAUGAAUCGAUCAUAAACCACUGACAGAUUUUUCUUCAAAAGUGACAAAGUUCAACACAUGACGAUACUGAGAGACACAAACAGAGUGUGUGUAUUUUUCGCAGUGUGUCACAACCAGAUGUCAGUAUUUGAUCAGCAGAUGUUAUAUUGAUGUCAGGAGCAGGCGCCUUAAAUUACGUCAGCACAAGCUGAUACAGUAUUUUGUAAGAGUACCUCUGAAAAAUAAUCGUGCUUGUCUUCCUCUCUUCCCUCAGGGUUUUGGUUGGUGUGGGCGAUAAUUUUCAUUUUGAGCUGCUGCUGUGUGUGUCACCAUCGCCGCACCAAACACAGACUGCAGCAGCAACAGCGGCAGCAUGAGAUCAACCUCAUCGCUUACCGUGAAGCACACAACUACCCCUCUGUGCCCUUCUACUUCAGUAAGAGCUCAAACAAACCACAUUCCUCACCUUUUGAGUUACACACACUGUCUGUAUGAGUUUAUGAGUUUUACUGAUGACCAGUGAUAGUUGUGGUUUAGUUUUGUCUUAUAAAAAUAUGUAGGUAUUAACUGGAAGACAGCAUGAGUUGCACCAAAACCUGUUCCUGAAAACCUGUCUCAUGUUGUGUUCACACCAAGCGCGAGUAAACUCAUCUACUCGCUGAAGUUGCGUGUAACCUGACGCACAAAUGUUGUGUAUUUACUCCCUUAAUUCACAUGAAUGACUCGCUUAAUUUGCGUGUUUGUACAAUCCCUGGCAAAAACGAUGGAAUCACCAGUCUGGGAGGAUAUUCAUUCAGUUGUUUAAUUUUGUUGAAAAAAAGCAGAUCUCAUACAUGACACAAAAACUAAAGUCAUUUGAAAUGGCUUUAAAAAAAAUCACUAAAAGAAAUUUAAGAAAACAAAUUGUGGUAGUCAGUAACAAGUACUUUUCCUUGAAGCAAGACACUCAAGGUCAAUGUCAUGGCCUGCAAAUAGUCCAGAUGUCAAUCCAGUUGAAAAUCUGUGAUGUAAGUUGAAGAAAAUGAUCCAUGAGAAAGCUGAUCUGGCAACAGUAAUCAGAGCAAGUUAGAGUAAGAUUGAUGAAGAGUACUGUUUGUCACUCAUUAAGUCAAUGCCUCGGAGACUGCAUGUUAUAAAAGUCAGAGGUGGUGAAACAAAGUACUCAAAGUAACCUUUUCCCUCUGCUUGGUCUAAAAAAGUAACUGGGAAUCUCCAUGCAGAUUGGUUAUUGCCGCAUGAACAUUUGUUUGAGUUGGGAUAUUUCCAUACGUGUCGCUCAAGUAGAAUGCAUGUCUUAUCACGUCUUUACAUGAAUGAUUUAACUUCUGCUUGGUGUGAACAUGACAUAAAAGCUAUGUUGUUCAGCACUGAUGGUGACUUUCUUGUUGUAAAAGCUAGGUAUGCCACGAGCAUUUACACGUACUACAUCCUCAACACCGAUACCAUGAGACAGUUUUCCACUUUGCCCCAGUCCAUCUAAAACAAUCCUAUCUGGAUGAUUUUUAACUGACAUUUCUUGAUGCAGCAUUAAACUGUCUGCAUUCAGUGUUUUCUACGAGUGAUUUCAAGCCUCUAGGUAGUGAUAUCCACAAAACAUCUUAUCUGUUUUUUAAUGUAGUGUAGCCUGAAGGCCUGAAAGUCACUGCUGUCUAGUUUUGGUUUACAGCCUCCUUUUUGCACAGAAAUUCUCCAGAUUCUCUGAAUCUUUAAAUUAUUCGUAGAUGUUGAAAUGACCAAUUUCUUUGCAAUUUGAUCCUGAGAAACAUAAUUUUGAAAUUGUCAAACUGUUUGCUCACACAGUCUCUCGUGAGUUACAAACAUUGUAGCUUUAUUUUUUUGGCAUUAAUACAAUUUUUUUAUUUUGCAAUUUUUUUGAACCAUUUUGAAAAACUGUUUUCACCGGCAUCAAAUUAAAAAUGAGAAAAUAUUAUAAAUAUUUUUUGCAGCUUCUUUGCACUAUAUUCAAAUAAAAUAGAAAUCAUAUAUCAAAUAGAUAUAGGGUAUAAAAUGAUUUGCAAGUCAUCAUCUAUAUUUCAGGUGUGUUUUACUUAGCAGUCGUCAUCCAGUUUUAUCAAACAGAGGCACUUGAAACGGUUUAAAACUUUGGUUCUGGCUCAAAUUAAAUGUUUGCACUGAGAUGUAUCCUUGAUUCCUCACUGUGUCAGAACCAUCCCUGUUUGCAUGCCCCAGUUUUCAGGAAAGGGCCAGAAUUUCUCUCUUGGUACCUUGCCAGUGUUGCAACACCAUCUCGCAAUUCAGCCCCUAGCACAGAACUGACCCAGAAAUCAGCUUGUUCUGUCACAGUUUUAUCCCUCUCGCAUGGAGACUCGUGAACCUUCAAAUUAAAGCCUCAUAGAUGUUUUAAGGUUCCUGUUUGUGUAAAGCAAAAGCCGUCCUUUAACAAAUCUAUCGCUCGUUUUUAAAGUUGUUUGUAUUUCUUACGUGUGUUUCUUCAAACAAUACUCAAACUGUUUGUCCAUCAUUGUCUCCUCAGGGUUUCUGCCAAACUACCUCCUGCCCGACUAUGAAGAGGUGGUCAACAGGCCACCGACUCCUCCCCCUCCCUACAGUGCCUUACACACAAGCCCCUCCUCAGUGGCCUCUAGUCCACAGGCUCCUGAACAGCAGGAGGGACACUGUCCAAACACCCAGUCCACUGUGGUGGCUCCAGUCUCUGACAGUCAGUGUUGCAGAUCCAGCACAGAUGAACCACAGCCCCCCACCUUAGACUUUCGGCCUAAGCCUGACAACAAGCCCGUGCAGACGGCACAGGAUUCAGGAAGGAUACUGCUGCCAGAUGGGGUCAACAGGGAGGGAUAUACCAGCCAAGAGAAAAGAAGUGGAAGUGGAGAUGAUUCUUGCAAGGAUCCCCUGCUCAAAGACCUCUCAGAAGGUGGUGCUGAAGACAAAGAUCGCCUCGGUAUUGGGAGGAGGAGGCGAUUCACAGGAGACUCUGGGAUUGAGGUGUGCGUUUGCAGCACACGUGGUAGCAGCGGCUUCAGUGGAGCUGGAGGGACGGGCCAGGAAGGCAAUGAGUUGAGGGAGCUCGAGAGCCUGCUGGGGCGAGAGGGAGAUGACGAGAGGGAGGGGGAGGAAGAGGCGGGCGAUUUCUGCGACAGCUGUGGCCACCGAGCCUCCUUCAGCGUCGAGGAGGAGCAGGCCCUGGGUGGGCUGGAGAGGCGGGGUGCCCGUGGGCCGUCGGCACCUCCUCAGCCCGCUCACCAGAUAGGCAGCGCCACUCUCCAUCCGCCCGUAUGCCUCCUACUCCACACCAUCAACGAGCAGGAGGGGCCACACCACAGCACCAGCACUGAGCCGCAGGGUUGAAACAACCACACACACACGCACACACAUACAGACACGCACACAGACGCAUACACACACAUACAAACACACACACUUUUGUGUCGCAGAGGGAAGGAGAGAGCACUUGACCCAGAGCGUGGAGGCACAAUGCUUGUAUCUGAGCAAGUGUGUCUCGUUGAAAUACUUUCUCAGUGAGUGUUUAUAUGAAUGUGUGCAUCUUAGAUAAAACAGGUGUGGGAAGAGGAAGUGGAACCUCAGCUACAAAUGAUUGAGAUAAAAUUCUUGAGAUAGCCUCUUCCUCCUCACAGCAGCACAGUGGCCUUAACCUGUGUAUUUGGGGUUAUAAUUGGGAAGUACAAUCCUGUGGCGAUUAGGACUUCUCACACUGCACACACACACACCUUUAGUCAUCCUCCUUAUGCAACAGAAGCUACUGAUAUACAGUCAAAGACGUACUAGCCGAAGCCUUGACGUCAGGACAGGACAAUCGCUGCCCAGGCUGAACUCAGCUCUCCUCAGCAGGUGCUUGUGAAAAUUCUGCAAAGCUGUUCUCUGCAGGCAGGAAACUACGUAGAAAAAAAACACAGCAGGAACAUUUUGGACGAGUGCAAUGUGGAGUUACCACAGUGUGUGCUUUUCGCAAACUGAUACUGUACAGGGACACUAGAACAAGACUGUGUGGAACGUCCCAUUAGACUCAUGCUUCUUAAGUGCUUUUUCAGCGAUUUAAAACCGCUCUGCCUCGUGUUUCUGUUGCUUUCUAUCUGCCCUGCUAGUGAUAGAGAAGAAUAAGUGCAUUAACAAAUCUUUAAUGUCAGCAGCUCCUAUUUUGCACAAAAUGUAAAUAUCUUUGUAAAAGAAGCUUUUAGCUGAAAAAGAAAUCAACAGAAAUUCUUGCUGUCUGAAAUUCAGUCUUAAAUUGCAGUACAUGAUUGGUCUAUUAGGGCUUGGUUGCAGCAUCUGUGACAAUGGACCUCUGUGAGUUGCCAGUAGAGUAUGCAUCAAAUUCACUUUGUACACAAUCAUUUUCUAAGGCUGAUUUAUUGAAUGUUUGUAGAACGUGCCUAACCCCAGUGAAUGCAAAACUUUGAUGAACAAUGUUACGCUUCAGACAUAAGAGAGUAUGUAAUGGCAGGUACCAAAUCUAGGGGGGGGGGGGCAACGACACAUGAAGCUGUUCAGAGAUUAUAAGCAAAAUAGGCAACAUCAGACCUCAAACUUUUGUGUCAGUCACUUGGAUAGAAUAUCACCUUCACCAGCUUUACAGUAUAAAAACAUAAACAUCAUCACUUUUGUAUUAGAUUUUCAUAUUCAAACAAAUUUACCAUGCUUUUGUUUUGAUAUUUAUUAAAUAAAUAUUUAUAAUGCCGUCUUUCACAGUUCCUUUUGGCUGAUUGCAGUUCAGUGGACUGGUGUGACUAUGAAAAUAUGGCUUGUUAACUGGUAUUUAUGGAUAGUUGAGCAUGCCAGUCUUCCACUUUUUGAGGGGGAGAGGGUUAAGUGUCUGUAAUUAGAUAAUAAUAAUAAUAAUAAUAAUAAUAAUAAUACAUCAGAUUUCAUAUAGAGCUUUAAAUACAUCUUUCAUUCACUCACACAGUGACACCAUGGUGGUGGUAAACUACCUUCUUAGUCACAGCUGUUCUGGGGCAGACUGACGAAAACGUGGCUGCCAGUUUGCGCCUAGGGCCUCUCCGACCACCACCACACAACACUCACGAUAAUACACCAGUGGAGGACACACACUGGGAGCAAGGUGGGUUAAGUGUCUUGCCCAAGGACACAACAGACAGGCUAGGGUAAGGGGGGAAUCUGACCGCCAACCUUCCAGUUAUACCGCUCUACCUCUUGAGCUACUGCCGCCCCUAAAUGAUGAUUACACAUCGUUUGAUUAAUACUUAACAUGAUGGCAGUUAUAAAGGUGGUAGUGCCAUAACAGUUGUUAGUGUCAUUCCAAACGCCAAAGUUUGCAAACACAAGUAGAAAUGUUCUGGAAGUUUUUUUUAACCAAAGUAGCAGAGUCAAAACAAAAAUAUUAUUGACAUAAGCCCGGAAAAAUACCUCUUCAAAAACUACGGAAUGAGAAAAGAUAAGAGAAACCCCAAACACAUGAAGCAAAGUGAAGUAGAUAAAGUUUGAGAUAUGGUUUUAGGAAAAAACAGUUCAUGUUUUUGAUCUGAGGUAAUCGUAGAGGCAUGUGUUUUUAAGGACACAGUUCUAGUUAACAAGCAAUAUUUACAACACACUACAGAGAGAAAAUGAAGACCAAAAAGAAAAAAAACACUCAGAGCUUAAUGAUAAUAAUAAGUGAUCAGUGCCAUUGCUAUUUAUUCUCAAAGUUUGGGAAGCCUUUUUGGUGUGUGGGUGUUUGAAAUCCAAAGCUUAGGUCUUAAAUUUUACCGCAGGGGUAAACUGAUGAUGAAUGUGCCACAAGGAAAGAAAUGCCACUGAUUAUAAGAACGUGUGAAACUUCUACAGAUGAGUUUGAAUUUUGUUUCCUGCUCUCUGAUAUGAACUGGAACUGGUGAAGCGAUGUGCCACAGUUUCUGGCAAAUGUCUCGUUUGAUGUUUCCUUGGUGCACUGUAAAAGAAUUGCACACAUUGCAACGUCUGCAAAGCACAAAAUUAUAGCCAAUGGUCUGACAAAUUUGUGUUUUCCCCUACACUGAAGAAAUGUCUCUGACUUUCUAGCACAAGUGAAAUUGUAACGUAAGCUUUCUGUACCAACAACAAGAUGCCUGACCUUCAUCCCUGGAUUCUUGGACACACUCUUAAGUGCUUUCUAUGUUUAUUCUUUUUGUGAGCUGGAACAUACCAUUGUGUAAUUGAGGUACAUUUAGUACCAAGGUGAGCUAUUUUCUUAUCAGCUGAAUACUUUAAAAAUUAUAUAGGAGCUGUAGAAAUUCCAGAACCACUUUAUAUUUUCAAAUAGAGCGUCAUAUCCUGUAACAAGUUUGUGAACCAAAUGGUUGCUUUCAUAGUUUGUAUGAAAUCAUUAGCUUUAUUGUUAUGAAUCUCUCAUUAUGGGUAUUAUUCUGUCUGUUAAGAGAAGAUGUAACUUCUUUUGAGACUUAUCCUGCAGUUAUGUGAAGGGUACGUUAGACUAACAAUACAGUAGACGACUUGUAAACGUGAUGAGGGGCCUGUCGCCAAAGAUUUUUUUUUUCUUUACAGGUGUGUGUGAGGUGGUUUUGCACAUAUUCUUUGAAUGUUCUGAUCAUAAGCCAUUUAAUAAAACAACCCAAGAUGGAUGUAUGUUCAAUAAACAUGCCCUUUUAAACCCAA